UUUCGUCAUGGCGCCAAAUGAUAGUACCUAAAAUGUACCCCAUUUUUGGCAUCUUCCCGUGAUCAAUUUGGGAUAAAACCGUUCCCAUAUGAUAACAGAAUACUCAAAGAAUCUAAUGGUACCAAUUGUUUUAAAAUAGAGAAAUCACCUCAAGCAAUGGCCUUUAGAUCAAAAAAAGGAAAGCAAGAUGACUAUGAUGCUGGCCGAUCAAAGAAACGACGUGGUAGUGAAAGUGAGGAUGAAGACAGCCGGAGAUUAGCAACAGCAUCUCCGUGUGUGAGCAAGCUGCAGGGAAUGGAGACAACCGGGACCUCGAGGCCAUCCGGUCAUGAUCACAACAAGCCAGCUGAGUUGUUUCGCAAAGAUUUGAUCAGUGCCAUGAAGCUUCCUGAUACCGAACCACUGACCUCUGAUGAUUUUUAUCUGAUUGCGGAUUCAUGGCGACAGGAAUGGGAAAAGGGCGUUCAAGUCCCUGUCAACGAAGAAACUUUUAAUGUUCCUGUUGUCAGGACAAUAACAGAGCCAUCAUCUUCUGGUGAUUUUAAACUACCGCAAGGCAAGAUGUUCCAUGCCGUGCCGGACGAAAACUACAACAAGGCGGUGCACUAUCUGACUGGCAUGCAACAACUUGCCGAUGAGGUGGUGCGAUAUGACCUUGAUGACUUGGACGUCUGCUGGCUUCGGAGGAUAAACGAAGAAAGGAUCACGAUGGGUGAUAUUGAGAUCCAUGAGUGGAUCAUGGAGAGGGUGAUGGAGGAGUUUGAAACACGGUGCCAUGAAAACAUGCAGCAGAUCAUCAAAACGUCGGAGGGUCUCGGCAUUGAGUAUGAUGAAAAUGUCAUAUGUGACGUCUGUCGAUCUCCUGACAGUGAGGACUUGAACGAGAUGGUGUUCUGCGAUCAAUGUGAUAUUUGCGUGCAUCAGGCAUGCUAUGGUAUUCAAAAGAUUCCCGAAGGGAGCUGGUUGUGUCGGACAUGUGCGCUUGGUAUCCAGCCACAGUGUAUUCUAUGUCCGACCAGCGGUGGUGCUAUGAAAGGGACGAGGAGCGGCACGAAAUGGACUCACGUGAGCUGUGCGCUGUGGAUCCCUGAGGUCAGCAUUGGGUGCGUGGAGAAAAUGGAGCCGAUUACUAAGAUCUCUAAUAUUCCAUCGAGUCGAUGGGCCCUGGUGUGCACCCUGUGUCGUGAGAGAGUCGGAGCCUGCAUCCAGUGUUCAGUCAAGACGUGUAAAAUUGCAUUUCAUGUAACUUGUGCAUUCCAAAAUAACCUCGAGAUGAAAACGAUACUGGACGGAGAUGAGGAGGAUGUGAAACUCAAGGCAUAUUGUCCAAAACAUACCAAGAAGUUCAAGGAGGGCCUGACGGGUGAUUCUAUAGUUGAUAUAUCAUUGUCACCUCGGAAAGAAUACACACAGGAAGAGAAGGACACCAUGCGACAGCAAAAGAUCAUACAGCUGCAGGAUGAGUUCUAUACGUGUGUCAAGGCUCCCGAGGUUGCUGCUAAACUCCAGUUGGAGGAGGAGGCUGUUGAUGUCAUGUAUCAGUACUGGAAACUCAAGAGAAAGGUGAAUUUCAACCGACCUUUGCUGACACCAAAGACAGAGGAAGCCGAUCUGUUAUCAAAACAACAGGAGGACAGUCUGGUGGCGAGGAUGAAGAUGUUUGUACAUCUGAGACAAGACCUCGAGAGGGUGCGUAACUUGUGUUAUAUGGUAAGCCGCCGAGAGAAAUUCCGUCGCUCCCUGUAUCGAAUGAAGGAGGAGAUCUUCUACAAACAGGUGGAGGUCGUGGACAAUGAGGUGCUAACCCCGAAAGAGCUUCAGACUGUGAUCCAAGCUAACCAUGGCGAAGACAUUUAUGAUAGACCACAGCAUGUUCUGAAAAUGAGCCGUGGAGUAUUCGAUGAUUCGCAAGAGAGUGAUCAUCAAUCGGGUGACAAUGAUUCGAUGAAAUCUGGUCACAGUCCUUCAAAACUGAGCCGCUUCAAAUUUGGUAUCCAUAAAGAUCGGUAUGCCCAUUUGAGGAAAAAGAACCGUGGGCUAAUGAAUCUGAAUCGGGACAAGCUGGGUGUAUCGCUGAGUUCAGCCCUGGGUGUAUCGCUGAGUUCAGCACUUGGUUCAUCCAAAGACUUGGAGCGUGUUAUGCCUUGCGUUGCGGAAAGUGUUCACAGUGAGACGGAUACAAUCAAAGACUCGGACGAUGUUAAAUCUUUAGAUUCAAAUAACUCCCAAACACGGCGGAGGAGCCAGCGGGGUUCACUUGAUAUCAAACGAGAGGCAAUCGACAGGACUGAUGGUAGUAAUGUUAUGAAGGCAGCUGAAGUUGAAAAUCAGCCUCAUGUUAGGACUAGGACAAAAAUAAGAAACAAUGGCAGUCUUGUUGAUAAAAUUCUCAAGGAGGACCGAAAUGGGAUUAUAAAAGCUGAAUUCACUUCAAGUUCUGAAAGUGAGGACGUUGAAAGUCCCUGGCCAAGUUUUGCCAUAACAAGGAAGGACAGUGACAGUAGUUUCCAUUCAAAAUCUAGCAUCAAUGGGGUAAAGAAAUGUUAUAAUCGCUUGAGCUUGAAAUCGCGUUUGAAUGAUCACAACCACCGCCGUACCGUGAACGGCUUGCCAGAAAAGGGUCAUAUCAAGAAAAUUGAUGACUACUUCAAACUUGCUGGUCCUAGUGAGUUGAAAUUUUGUUCAGCUGACGGUAGCGGGGAUCAGAGUAUGAGAAUCUCGCCAGUCAAACCGACGGAAUCUUUGCUAAAGGGCGGUCCGAAUUCGCCGCACAAAGAAAUCGAGAAGAAGGAGUUGUGUGAAUCGUUCAUAGCGGGGCAUACAAGCCCGUUAGCUGGCUACAGAAUACCCAGAAAAAGUAGUUCCAGCAGUCGCAAAGUUUCGAGUCCGAUACACAUUGCUACAGAUCUGAACCUUAUAACUAUCAACAGUCCAGAAACCCGCGGUGCCAAAAAGAAACUUAUUGCGGAAAUAGAGAGUGCGGCAACUGAUCGGAUAUUCGAACGGAUCGAUGAUGACAUCAGUAUCAGUCGAUCUAGUCGUGACACUACACCGGAUAAAGAAACAUUGACACGUCGAACAAUCAAACGAGACCUGAUGGUCUCUGAUUUUAACGACUUACAUAAUGUACAUCGUAAGUUACGAAAACGGACGUCCAGUUCAAAGCCUGCGUCCGAGUGUACCAGAUCGGAUGUUGGGUCUGUUGAUUUUGAGAAUGAAAACAAUUUGAAUAGUGAAUGUUCUGCUACGGAGAGUGAGACAUCUGGUCCAAUGAUUCGGCGUAAAAGUCGUCGACUUGGACCGCUCACUGAUGAGGAGUCUGUCGACAGUCUGCAGUCGUCGCGACAGAGCUCGCAGUCAAGGGAAACACGAUCACGCUUGUGGAGCAUGCAGAGCUAGCGAAAGACCAUGAGCAAUGGUUUCAGUGUUCUCUUCAGAGUCAUUUUGCAGUGAUUUGAUUUGAAAUGAAUUGGGUACUUGUUCAUUAUAAAGUAUAUUGGUCAAAACCAAUUGCAGUUCUGUGGAAAUGCUCCUUGGUGUGUUCAGAUCUUCAGCGUGUUGCUUUUUGUCUUGUGAGGAGAACACUGAUAUUUUAAGCCAUGGCAUUUGUAGAUUCCAAGAAAUAUUUAUAUUUUGUGAGUGGAAAUUCGAGUGUGAAUGUUGUGUGUCUUCUCUUUCAUUCGUGUCAUUACAAAAUUUAUGGCAAGUACAGUUAAACCCGGUAAUAACAAAUGUGGAGUUCAUAUGAGUAUUGGGUUUCAUUAUAAGAAGUCAGUAAUAUGUAUGUAAUGAGUUACAGUUACUUUGGGGUUGCAAAAUCUUUUUAUAUACAUGUAUGCAGUUUCCCUUACAGCCAGGUUCGUUCUAACCUAGUUCGGCUGUGGUACUUCGGGUUGUAAAGUGCCUGUGCGGGAUUAAAUAUCGCCAGGUGGUGUUGUGCCAUUUUGAAUAUUAUCCGGAUUGAGUUGCUGGAGCAAAGGGUUAAGCUGUUCUAGUUUUGCUCAUUCAUUUUCUUAGGUUGUUUGAUGAAAGAAAACUUGAUGUUUUUUGUAAAAAUGUUGGUGAAAAAGGAGUCUUUCCUGUGAAAUUGGAACGAUUUACCUCGCAGCAAGUUUGUAAACAGAGUUGACAAUGAUCUUUACACUUAACUGUCAUUUUCUACUUGUUGUGACCAUUGCUGUAGAUGCCACUGAGUUAUGACGUCAUUUUGGCCAUCUUGACACUCUUGACAUGCAGAAGUCCGAUGUUCUGAUAAUAUCACGAUAAAAAAGCCCAGAUUAAGAAAACCAGGGUGGUCCCCUAAUGAUAUAAUUGAGAGGCCUGCACGGAGAAGAUAAAAUGUCGAUCAUGGUCUUGUUGUUACCUGUUUGUUUGUUCAUAUUGUAUCAUGUUGUCUCUUCAGAUUCUAUUGAUCUGUUGCUGCAUAUAUUGUGUUAGCCUUGUGAUGCCUUGGCACUGAGGUUUCUCCAAGUCAAAUUGAAGGGGUGGGGGGUUUUCCUACUCCUGAAGAUUUACCUGUGGUUUCCUUGAUUUGGAAUUGUGAGAAGCUCAAAAGACACAUUUAUCCAUUCAAUUGUCACAUGUCGCCAAGAAUUCAUGAAUUCUUUAUGCUACAUAUACCUCAGUUCCAAGCUGUCAAUGAAAGUCAUUAUUUUUAAAGUC